CGUAACAUUAAAGAAGUGAAUCCUCAUUACAUCACCGCACGCUGAUACACACCAACGCAUCGUUUGAAUGUCACGUGGUGAAGGCCGAUCUUGAUCCAUCUAUAGAUUGGUGGUUUCAUAAUACCAGUUUCAAGAAUGUCAACGAUGCAAAUUUAUAUGACGGCAUUAUUAAACAGCCUUGGUAUAGCAUCAGAAGUGAUUCCAUCAUCCCAGAAUUACUAGAACUGAUCAACGUAACGUAUUUGGACGAGGGAUGGUAUACAUGUCAAGCCACAUUGAAUUUUGAGACGGCCUCUUUCAAUUCCAAUAACAUGGACUACAUGAGUGCAUAUUUGAAAGUGAUUGACACGUCGGAAGUACCAAAAAAUAAAGAUUUUGAAUUAAAAUUAUACUAUUUGGUUACUCUGGGUAUUAGUUUCGUAUCGAUCAUUUUGGUUUACGUCAUAAUAAUAGUGUGCUGUCAAAGAGAGAAGAUAGAAUUGUUGGAGUUGGUGGCCAGACAAUCUGCUAGAAACGAAAUAAUCACUCAAUGGACGAAGAAAAUAAUUAUUGAAAAACUAGUAUUAACCGAUGCCAGCGAAUCAUUAUUAAAACCAGAAGUGAAAAUCGAAAAACAGAAGAGCAAAUGCACAAACAUAGAUCAGGCGUGCUUAACUGAAUACGAACUGCCUCUCGAUCCUAGCUGGGAAUUUCCGAGAAACAAACUAUUGUUUGGUAAAACUCUGGGUGAAGGGGCAUUUGGUAAAGUUGUUCUUGGGGAAAUCGAUGGAAUUUUAAGCGAAAAUGUAAUGAACACGGUAGCAGUAAAAAUGUUAAAAGACGGACACACCGAUUCCGACAUGAUAGAUUUAGUAUCAGAAAUGGAAAUUAUGAAGAUGAUCGGUAAACAUUUGAACAUCAUAAACUUACUAGGAUGUUGUACACAAGACGGACCAUUGUACGUUCUAAUGGAAUUCGCAUUACAUGGUAACCUCAGAGAUUUCUUAAGACAACACAGACCAUCAUCAUACUACGAACCGGGUAUAGGAGAAAAUCUCAAAAACACCUUAAUGGAAAAGGAUUUAUUAUCAUUUGCACAUCAAGUUGCCAAAGGAAUGGAGUAUUUAUCAUUCAGAAAGUGUAUUCACAGAGAUCUGGCAGCAAGAAAUGUCUUGGUAAACGAAAAUCUAGUAAUGAAAAUUUCAGAUUUUGGAUUAGCUAGAGAUAUUCAAAAUCAAGAAUAUUAUAGAAAAACUACCGAUGGAAAACUACCAUUAAAAUGGAUGGCACCUGAAGCUCUUUUCCUUGGAGUGUACACAAAUCAAUCUGAUGUAUGGUCUUAUGGAGUGCUGUUGUGGGAAAUAAUGACAUUGGGAGGUACGCCUUAUCCUUUCGUACCUAACGUGGAGCAAUUGUUCACUCUGCUACAGAGCGGAUAUCGUAUGGAGAAACCGUAUUACUGUUCUCGGGAAAUGUAUUUAAUUAUGCAAAACUGUUGGAAUAACAAUCCAAAAAACAGGCCCAAGUUCAAUGAGUUGGUGGAGAGUCUCGAUAAGAUACUGUCGAUGGCAACCAACCUAGAAUACGUUGAUUUCAGGCUACCGCAACUGGACACACCGCCAACCAGUCAAUAAAAUUCAUUCAACUAAAACAUCCAGAGACCACAGUUGCAUUUUAUAAAUGUUUAAACUUAAUUGAAUAGUAAGAUUAUUUUUAUUUUUUAGAAUCUAGAAAUCUGGAAUCAUAUUAUUAUCUAGAGUCUAAAUAAUAUGCAACUUAAUUUAAAUUUAUUUAACCUUCUACCUUAAUCGUAUUCGACAAGUGACAACAUUCAUUCAUAUGAUUUUUAUUUGCGAGUAUCAUAGAUUAGCUAUAUUUCACUAAAC